GGAGAGAAAUCGGCCCAAAGUAUAAAUAUUGGACUUCUUUACAAUACUGUACACAGUUAAUGCGAAUAUUUUUUUUAAUGGCAGUGUUGAAUACAUUGUUAGAGGGAUCAUCAGUGCAGUAACGGCUGUUAUUGUGGGUGUUUGUUUACUGUCAGAGUUUUGGCGCGCCUGGAUGCGAUUGGAAGUCAUCGUCACUUGCAUGAGGAAGGAUGGAGAGCUGCCGCCAUGUUUUCCAGAUCUCUGGCAUCAAAGCCAGGGACAAGAAGAGAUCUUUGAUUAAGGGCAUCUAUCAGCUGGGUGGAAAAUACCUUGGAGGUUCAAUAUAUAAUUACUGCACCACUCAUCUCAUAGUCCCCCAGGUUUUGUCCAGUGAGAAGUUCUUUGCAGCUUGUGCAGCAGGCAAGUGGGUUGUGACUCCUAACUACGUGUUGGAAAGCGUGAAGAAUGGCUCCUGGCUGCCUGAGGGGCCCUAUGAAGUGGCUAUUUUCACCAACUCCUCAGCUGCUUUUCACCCCGUCAGACAGUGGAGGGAAAAGGUGACCAAAGGUAGAAUUACGGGGGCUUUCCAGGGUUGGAGAGUUCUACUCAUGGUCCAACAGCCCUCUAGAAGAGCCAUGUUCAAACGGCUGCUGAAAGCUGGCAGAGCAGAGGUGUACAACUCCCCUCCUCCUACAUACACUUCCAUCAGUCAUGUCAUAGCAAAGCCUGUUACGGAGAAAUCAAAAUCCCAAAAUGCACCUUGUUACCCUGUGAGCCACAUCGUCCAACACCUCUUUGGGAACGAUCACAUGGGUCUGAGUUGUAACGCCCCCGAGGAUUAUCAGUCCACCAGGAAAACUGGUUUUCUUGAUGGCUUCUCUGAUUUGGAGGCAGAACUUAGAAGCUUUGCUGUCAAAAAAGAGGGACGCCCCAGACUGCCCUUCCUUGAAUUUCUAGGUUACCGUGACCCUUAUCGUCCCCACACACAGACAAUUGUAGCCGACGUGAGCAACGUUGAUAGGAUGAUAGAGUGCGGCCUAUUCAGCGAGGCCUUGGACUCAAUCAGAAGCGCUGUGUUUCCAGGCCUGUUGCCACCAGCGGCGUACCUGAUCUCCCUCUUGGAGUACGCACAGCAGGGUAACGCCACGUCCCUGUUCCUGAGAAAUUUCCGUCAGGCUAUGGAAAACCUGCUCAUCACCAAUCCUCCUUGGCUGGCUCCCAUUGCUGUGAAAAAAUACUACGGCCAAGUGCUGCAGUGUCCUCAGUGCAAGACGGGUUUGUGGCCUCUUCUAGAGACAGCCAUCAGAUACUGCCUGACAAGCAGCGACACCUGUCACCCACACCCUGGACCCGCCAUGCCAACCUUGGUGCAUUUCUACUAUGACAUCAUCUCAUUUUGCCUCAAGCUUUUCAAGGGUGAACUCUACUCCAUCAGCAGCAGAGACUUUGUAUUCCCUCACCAAGCACCAGCCCCGUCUGCAUCAUCUUCGGGUUCUUUGCUUUAUGGAACCUUCUGGACGGUGUGGGAACGGACCACGUUGUUGUCCCGCACUGUGAAGAAACUCCUUCAGCUCCUAACAGAAGCUGCUAUUGUGGACUUUGCUGAGGGGGGAGAGAAGCAGGAGCUUUAUUUAGCAGACACUCUGUUGGACCUUCUGUCUGUGUUGGUGGAGUUUUGGUGUCAGCAGCACUUUAAGCUGAAUCAGAGCCUGGUUGAAAAGGGCCUCAAAGACCUGUCAGAGCACCUUGCUGUUGUUAGUCAGGAUUUGCCUCCAGCUGUUCUGGUAGAGCUGGUUUCCAAAGUUCGCUCUUCCAGGCUAAAGUUGGGCAUAGCGGAUGCCAUCUUUAGGAAUCUCUGCUACAGAAAUGGGUUUGCUGUUGGAGAUGAACCUCUUUCUCUCAAAAAAGUGGUCUGUUCGUACCUGCCGGCUCUGGGAACCUUUGCUCAGAGUCCCAGCUUCGCUUCCCACAUCAUAACUGGAAAAACUUCCCACAGCUGCACCAGCAGAAGUGAGAACCUGCUGGUGACUGAAAAGAGCCCUGAGCAAGAAAACGUCCCCAAAGGCAUGAGCAGAGUCAACGCAGCAGGAGAGACCCUCCUACACAGAGCUUGCAAGAGGAACCAAGUGGAAACGGUGCUUCAGAUCCUGGCACUUCCUGGCACAGACAUCAAUGUUAAAGACCAUGCAGGCUGGACUCCUCUCCAUGAGGCGUGCAACCACGGCAGCACUGAAUGUGUGAGAGCACUGCUGCUUCACCGCCCCGCUCCUGUCCUCACCGACCAGGUUGGAGGAGUUAGUCCCCUGCAUGAUGCCCUGAUCAAUGGACAUCUGGACAUUGCUAAAAUGUUGCUGGAACAUGCAGGCUCGGUUCUCCUCCAGCAGACUGAUGGAGACGGACAGGUGCCGCUGGAUCUGGUCUCUGUGCCCGGUCAGAGGGAGGAGCUCCUCCACAGCGCUCAGGUCGGUGAUUCGGCCCGCAUGAACAAAGACCAAACAGAAGUGACCAACCUUCCUCUCCUGGAGGCUGGAUCCUAUCUGCUGGGCCACAUUAUUUUCUCCUACCAGCUGGAUAGGGGUCUGCCUGGCCUCCUGCAGCUGGAAGACCAACCCCACACCCUGGUCUACAAGCUGGUCACAGCCAUGGAGAAACACUCCCUCCAAAAUGUGACUUUGGACUGGACAGAUCAGCGGGCGGUGAGGCUGGCGGAAGACGUGGAGACGUUGCUAAAGCUGAGCCGAGGAGAGCACAGAAAAGCUCUGUCUCUGGCUGUGAAGGAGUGCAGAGCAGAGAAAACGGUCUUCCUAAUGGAAACACUGGAGAACCUAAGCUCUCAAGGCAAAGCACUAGUUGCUGAUUUGUAAGAAAAGAUCCAUAACUUGGAAAAAAGAUUUGCACAGCCUUUGUUAAAGGUUUUAUGCAGUAAUGUGUCCCCUGUAGGCACUGACCCUAGUUUGCACAUUCGUUACAGGGUAACAUUUCUGUCAUGAUCAUUUGUUCACUUGUAAUUUCGAAGUUAUUUCUGGAAAGCUAUGUUUACUUGUAAAUAGCUGUAGUAGAGAAUUAGAUAUAUUUAUAUUUUGCUUUUCAAAAAAAUGUAUAAAUAAAAAAAUACAUUUUCAAAUCAUUUAAAGUGUUACUUUAUAUAAACACUAACAUUUCAGUGUGAACUGAAUACCUGCAGUUUGACUUUUCACCUUUCCUGCUGUGUAUAAAUAAAUGUUUUUAUGACAUUUAAGUUUUGUUUCAAAAUGCAUAUAUUGAGUUUUUUUUUUUAGAAAGUUCAUUUUGGUUUAAUUUUCUGAGUCAUGGAAAUUAAAGAAAAAUCUUUAAUAAAGAACAGCUCAAGUGAAAU